AUGUAUAGACACUUUACUCAGAAACGAGCUACCGAGUACGGCGUCACCGGUUGGGUGCAGAAUACUCCUGAUGGCAGGGUAGAAGGCGAGAUCCAAGGCGAAGACAACCAAGUGCAGAAACUGCUGCAAGACGUCAACGACGGGCCUCGCCAUGCCCACGUCACCAAGCUCGAGAAAGGCGCCAUUGAGACUGAGCCCGGCGAGGCUGGAUUCGAAGUGCGACGAUAA